CCGCCACCACGUUGCUCUCGCGGCUCGCCUCCUCCGGGAGGGGGAAGGAAGCAGCCCCAGGAAGGGCCGCGAUGGCGGCGGUGCCUUAGCCGGGGGGCGCCUUCUCGGCGCGGGGCGGAGGCUGCGGCGGUCGCCCCGCGCGCGGAGCCGGAGGAGGAUGCUGCGGCUGUGAGCGCCGGGCUCGCCCGCAGCCUGCGCUUGCAGAGGCCUCUGGGGCGGCGGCGGCGGCGGCGCCCCUCCGCUGCCCUGCUCGCCUGCAGCAGCCCCCGCCAUGGCCACGGAGCUGGAGCCCGCCGUGCCGCUGCUGGAGGCGGCGCAGGACGAGGACGACGAGGAGGAGGACGACGACGACGACGAGGACGACGAGGAGCAGUGGCUCUACGGGGAUGACAAUGGUAAGCAAGAAGAUGGACCUAUUCCUGGGCAUAUAGAAUCUCAUCUUUUGCAAGAUGUUCCCCAGGAGAACAGGAUCAUCAACAGCGAAGACCAAGAGCUGCUGCAGCAAACCCUUCCGAGCGGUGAAGAUGAUGAGGAAGACAGUGAUAGUGACAGCGAUGACGACGAUAUCAGAGUCACGAUUGGCAACAUCAAAACAGGAGCCCCAUCUUACAUGGGGACUCCUAUGAAUCUGAAUCUAAAAACAGGUCGAGGCUACUGCGCAUCUGCAUCAGCCAAAUUGCAGCCUAAAGGUAUUGAUUUAGAUGCUGUGGGGAAUAUAAACGGAUUGCCUGUAAUCGAAGUGGAUUUAGAAUCGUUUGAAGACAAACCGUGGAGGAAACCAGGUGCUGACCUCUCUGAUUAUUUCAACUAUGGAUUCAAUGAAGAAACGUGGAAAGCCUAUUGCGAAAAACAGCGGCGCCUUCAGCUUGGCUUGGAACCCUCAACCCCUGUCAGUACAGAAAACAAGAUCACGGUUCAACAAGGUAGAACAGGGAAUGCAGAGAAGGAACCGGAGAACAAUAUCAUCAAAAUGGAUUUUAAAACAGAUUUUGUGGCCCUGGUAGGUGGGCGGAUAAAAGCUGGGCCUCCCCCUAACAGGAAGCUGGGUGGGACCAUAGAUGUGAUCGGUGGACAGGCAGGCACGAUUCGGAGGGUAGAAGGAAGACGUCGGGAUAAGCAUGCCACGGAAGAAAAUCCCAUUCAGGUUCUUGGGGACCAUGGGAGCAAGUCACAGCCCCUGCAACAGCCUCAACAGCCAUCGCAGCCACAGCCGUUUGUCCCACCAGCAGGUCCGCCACCCCCACUAGGUGGCCCGCCUCUGCCCCAUUUCCUCCAUCCUCCUCCUCCUCCUCCUCCUCCAGUUACUUCCGUCCCACCACCUCUACACCCUCCAGGUCUGCCACCACCAGGCCCCAUUCCAGGUCUCUUCCCUCCGCCUCUGGCUCCACCACCAGCCCUCCUCAUUCCUGCGCUUGAUGGCCAGCCUGCCAGCUACAACAACAGGCAGCCACUUCCGUUUGGCUACAACUCCACAGACUCAGGUUUCAUCAGCUACCCUCCCAUUUCUACGUCUCACACGCCGUGGGUGACUACGGUGGACAAAGGCUCCAGUGCUUCUGACAGUGGUCACUGGGAGUACUCCGGUUCAAGGAGGGAGAGGGAAAGGGAAAGAGAUCGUGACCGGACACCCACCACCAGUGAAUACAACAACGAUGAAGAGAGGUAUCGUUACUACAGCCGGGAACGCAGUUAUGACUUUGAGCGGGACUACCGCAGGAGUAGAGAUCGCAGUCGGGAGAGAGAAGAUCGCCAUCGUGAGCGAAGGCAUAGAGACAAAGAGGAAGGCAGCAAACACAAAUCAUCACGGCGUAAGCAGCAUGAGAAUGAAGAAGGUGAAAGCCAUCGGCGCCACAAGCACAAAAAGAACAAGCGCAGCAAAGAAGAGAAGGAAGUGAGCGAGGAUGGUGUCCCUGAGGGAAGUGGGCAAGAUUCCAAGGAGUAGCCUAUCUGCAGCCCAAAGCAGUAGCGAUACCUCCACCCGCCAGCCUAUCUGCAUCCCAUGACUCUCUGUUUUCCGAAGAAAAGGCUGAGGUGGCCGGGAGCCGAAAUAUGGACACGGACUUCCCAUGCGAGGAAACCGGAUUGUGCUGGCAGCCAGACCUUUGAGACUAAACAACCCAGCAGCUGCUGCAUACAAAAGCACUGAGCUAUCCUACAUGUAGGUAAACUCCAUUGUGUCAGAUCCUAUGGCUUCUGAUGGGAGAUGGCUUCAGCAGAAACGAAUGCAUUUAGGUAAGGCAAUAUUUGGCCAUUCUCUUGUUUUUUUCUUUUUUUGAAGUAGGACAGUAACAGCAAAAUGAGCUUUGUUGUCCAGGAAAAAAAAAGUUAGGUACUCCUCAAGAGCCAGUUUAGAAUCUGGCGUCUUUAAGCUAGUCCCAUUUCAUUCUGCCAUUUCUUGUAGCUAGGAAAAUCUUAUUUCUCCCAAGAAGUGCUUGGUAGAGAGCCAGAGAAACCUACUUUCCUGGCAGUUCAAGGUGGACAUUCUAUGGCCUGGAAAGUUUCUGUGAAGAGUGCAGCGUUUCUACCCUGGCAGCUGGGGACUUCAAAAGCUAAGCAUUAUAUUUUGGCUGAGUUCACUGGGCUUCCUUGUGAAUCAACAGGAGCAUCUCUUCAAAGCCCAACUCAAGUAGUUUGUACCAAACUACUUAGCGUAGCUAUCGGCUGCCUCAUCUUUCAAUCUGAGAAUGUUAAAUUUUGAUUAUUCAUCCAUUAAGGUCACAAGCAUUCCUUUUUCGUAGCUCUUAACACUAAGUGUAGCCAUAUUCCCUACUUCUUUUCCUUUUGAAAGACGUAAACUUCAGAAGAACUUAUCCUCAAAUAUUCAACACUUGGUUUUGUGCAUCCCACCUUUUUAAAUUAUCUUCCACCUGCAGGAACUAUUUAAAAACACUUCUUAAAGUUGUUUGAACUUUAUACUUUUUUUUUUUUUUUGUAUUGUAGUCAUGCAAGUUUGGGUGUUUGUAUGAAACUAACAACCUUGGAAACUUAAGCCAGUAUACCAUUGUAUUUUGGUUUGUAUGCUAUGAUGGUGCAGUGAGUGGGUCAGUAGCUGAAAAACAUGUGGGAAAUAAAGCAAGUUUUUUGGAAA